AUCCCUAAAUCUCAUAAAACCUCUUCUUCUCUUCUGUGUCUGAAAGACGAAAUAGAGUUCUUUUCGAUCUUGAGGAUCAGAUUUCUUGGUUCUUGAUUCUUGUUUCAAGCCUAGUAUAAAAACAAUGGCUUCUUCUUUGACGAUUCUGUGCUUCUUCCACUUUCCUCACCCCAGAUCACAAACACCUUUUAUCUUUCAAUUCCCUCGUCCAAGAACACUAGCACAUCAUCUUCCAAAUUACUCGUCCAAGAGCACAAACACAAGAACUUCACAAGAAUGGAGGAGCAGACUCCGGUCUUUCUGUGGGGAUUCGAUAGCCACAUCUCUGAAUUGGACAUUUUUGAUUGCUUUGAUCGAAAGAGAGAAACUUCUUUGACUUCAGUGAACCUUCACAGAGAUCCCUUGGGAAAUUCCCUGCGAAGAGCCACACUAAUGUUCACUGAUAAACAUGAAGCUCACCAGAUGAGUGUAUCUCUGAGUGGAUUCCCCCUCGAUCAUGGACAGAUGCGCAUGUCGUUAGUUUCUUUUCCACGAGAGGAAAUCCCUGCGAGAGUUAGUAAUCAGCUAUCAAAUCCUGUAUUACAAGGACCUGUGCCAUACCAGAACACGACUUAUCAAUUGUUCCCUGAACCUCAAGCUCAUGUGCCAUGGCAAGGAUCUCAGAUAAAUCCUGUAUUACAAGGACCUGUGCCAUACCAGAACACGACUUAUCAAUUGUAUCCAGGAGCUGCUUACAUGCCACAGCAAGGGCCAACCUCUCAAGACUUUCAAAUAAAUAUUGAAAUGAGAGACGUAUACGUAGGAAAUCUUUCCACUACAACAACUGAGGGACAGUUGAAUAUGCUGUUUAGAGCUCAUGGAGAUUUAGAGCAUGUUUCAAUAAUCAAAACAGCUGAUGGUUCUUCGAGAGGCUUUGGGUUUGUCACAUUUAGGCAUGCAGAAAGUGCAGCGCAGGCAAUUAAUUCUUUGAAUGGCUACAAGUUUGAGGGUAGAGUGUGGGAAGUCCAACACAGGAAUAGUCAUCGCCGUGAAGAAAUAAGAGAAGGACUCCAGAGAGAAGUUAUCUGUUACGUGGGUAAUUUCAGAUACGAGCUUACUGAAGCCGGUUUAAAAGAUAUGUUUGCACAAUUUGGAGAGGUGUCUUCUUGUAAAAUCAGGAGAGAUCCGAAUACUGGAAAGAGUAAAGGGGACGGCUUUGUGGAGUUUGUCACUCCAGAAGCGGCAUCAAAUGCUACAGUUUUAAAUGGCAAGGUCAUUGAUGGCAGGUUUAUCUACGUGAGUUUGGCAAGGUCAAAGGUAGCUGGCAGGGCAGGGCAAGGAUCAAUGUCUGGAACUCUCUAAGUUUGACAGUCUGAUGUAGGUUGUCCUGAUACUUAUAGUUACUUUCUUCUCUUCUUGUACAAUCUUCUGGGAUGUAGUGGGGUUAUUACUUCUUCUCUU